CUCCAACAGGGAAGUUAUCUCAUUCACCUUCUGAUCAAAAAUGGAUCUACAGAUUUCAGUUUUUCUUCUGUUCGUUCUUUUCCCUGCAGGACACUCUCUCAGCUGUUAUGAGUGCAGCAGAGGUAAUAGUCUUAUGGAUGUUUCUUGUUCAGAUCAAGAGGUUUACACAUGCCCCACGAAAUUUUCCAAGUGCAUGAGUGCCACAGUAGUACAGCAAGUUGAGGGCAUUACUACUAUAUCAAGGGGUAAAGGCUGUUCUGCUGACUGUCGUAGUGGUUCCCAAAAUGUUGGCUUUCUAAGGAAUGUCAUAAAGUGUUGUGACACAGACCGAUGUAACACCCAUUAUGCUCCAGUUCAGUCCAUUAUGGUCCCUAAUGGAAAGAAAUGUUACUAUUGUGAUGAGAAGAGCUGCUCAAACAUAUUGUGCUGUUCAGGAAGUGAAGACGGCUGCUUUACAAUAACACCUAAGAAUCUGAAGGAAAAAGAACUUUCAAAGAACUCCCGAAACCAGCCAAUGGUUGUAAAAGGCUGUAUCUCUAAAGAAAUCUGUCGUUCAGUGGUUAGCAAUGUGGAGGUCAUCUCAUGUUGUUCAGGGAAUCUGUGUAACGGUGUUCAGAGCGUCUCUCAGAGUAACGGUGUUCAGAGCGUCUCUGAGAGUAACGGUAGCGUCUGCUGUUCUCUGCUCUCCUUCAUCCUGCUCCACUGAAUCCAGCAGAUCUUCAGCAGAGACAAACCAUGAUGCAGUUCACAAACAUAUACAUUUUGUAUUUUCUCUGUAUUAUCUUUGGAGACCUAAUGUGAUUAAUUGAAACAGAUUUAGAUUUAGAAACAAUAGAUAUACAGUACUGAAUUAAUAAAAUAUUUUGGUGUCAAACCAAGUGGUCCAAUGGAAGUUUCUUGACC